GCAAGUCAAUAAAAUCAGAAAGUGUGUGUGGCAAUAAAAGGGGCGCUUUCGCUGGGGCCCUUGAAAUGAUGUUUUCGCGUGAACUCUGCGCGCUUGUUGUGCUUAAUCUUAUCACCGCGACCUCGCCAAAUGGGCUUAUAUUUUAAAUAAGUUCACACACUUUUCAUUGAUCCCCUUCUAUAAAUCUCACGGAGAAAUAAUUGAUAUUGUUUAUCAUCAUUGAAUUGUGCGCGGCUGUGCAUGGAAGUUGUGUGAUUUUCUGGGUGGAAAAUGGACGUUUUUUGUUCUGGUGUCUCUGCAUUUCUGUGAUACCGCUAAUGUUCACUUAAUAGCGAUAAUACACUAUAAAUCAAUCAUUUCGCGUGAAUUGCUAAUAACACAGUGAGCGUGCGGCUGCCAAUGAAUUGAGGAAAAAGUAGACAAGGAUUGGUGUGCAAAUAAAUCAAUUAGUGGAGCUCCAGCCUUUCUCACCGUGGCAAUGGUGGACAAGAGCCAGGAAAAACUCAGCUCAAUAAACAGAGAUGAUCUCGGCUACACCACCAUUCCGUCGUACUUCAUCUCGCGACAGGUGCUGCACGCCGAGGAGGCCAACAAGAUCUCUGGGUAUGAGAAGGAGAGGGAGAGCUAUGGCCAGAGGAUCCGGCAGUCGCUGGCCAGCAUCGACUUCCUGGCGCUGCUGUACAGCCUUGUGCCCAUCGUGGACUGGCUGCCGAAGUACUCGUUCCGGCAGAACCUCAUGGGCGACAUCACGUCGGGCAUCACGGUGGCCGUGAUGCACAUCCCGCAGGGUAUGGCGUACGCCAUCCUGGCCUUCGUGCCGCCGCAGAUCGGCCUGUACAUGGCUUUCUUCCCGCUCUUUGCCUACGUCAUCUUUGGCACCUCGCGGCACAUCUCCAUGGGUACAUUCGCCGUGAUCAGCCUGAUGGUGGGCAAGGUGGUGCAGACGCACGUGAACACCGAACAGCUGGAGAUGGGUCACGUCGCGAACGUCACGGACGGCGCAGCAGACGCCGACGGCGUGGCGGGGCCGACGGCGAUGGAAAUCGUGGCCGCGACUUCGCUCAUGGUCGCCAUUUAUCAACUUAUCAUGAGUCUCCUGCGCAUGGGGGCGCUGUCGUCGCUACUUAGCGAGCCGCUCGUGAGCGGCUUCACCACCGCCUCGGCCAUCCACGUGGUGACGAGCCAACUGAAGGAUCUGUUCGGCAUCAAGCUGCCGCACCACAAAGGCGCCUUCAAGAUCGUCUACAUCGCCAUCGAUCUCUUUCAGCUCCUACCGUCGGCCAAUGUCACCGCCGUGACCAUCAGUCUCAUCGUCAUUCUGUUCAUGAUAGCCUCCAAUGAAUUGCUAAAGCCCUGGCUGGCCAAGAGAUGCCGCAUUCCGGCACCCACUGAGCUGAUUGCCGUCGUCGGCGGCACUCUGGCGUCGCAGCUACUGAACCUCGAGGAGGCAUUCCACGUGAAGCCCGUCGGCCCGAUUCCCACGGGACUGCCGAGUCCCGUGCUGCCAUCCUUCGACCUACUUAAGCUCGUGGCUGUCGACUCCGUGGCCAUCGCCAUUGUCAGCUACUCCAUCGUCAUGUCCAUGGCGCUGAUCUUCGCCAAGAAGCAUUCGUACGAGGUGCGCGCCAAUCAGGAGCUGAUCGCCAUGAGCGUGAGCAAUGCCGUGGGCUCGCUGUACUCCUGCAUUCCCACGGCGUGUUCGCUGUCGCGCUCGCUCAUCCAGGAGCAGACGGGCGGAAACACGCAGCUGGCGUCCGUGAUCGCGGCGGCGCUGAUCGCCGUGGUACUGCUGUGGAUCGGGCCGUUCUUCGAGGCUCUACCGCGCUGUGUCCUGGCCGGCAUCAUCGUGGUGGCACUCAAGGGCAUGCUGAUGCAGGUGCGCGACCUCAAGCGCUUCUUCAAGGAGGACCGUCUGGAGGCACUGACGUGGAUCUGCACCUUCCUCAGCGUGGUGCUGAUCGACAUCGAUAUUGGACUGCUGGUGGGCAUCAUCAUGUCCAUCAUAGCGCUGUAUCUGAAGGGCUGGAAGAGCUACAGCUGCAUCCUGGGCCUCAUUCCCGGCACGGGCAUCUACGUGGACAUUGAGAAGCACAAGACGGCAGAAGAGGUGCCCAGCAUCAAGAUAUUCCGCCACGCGGGAUGCAUCAACUUCGCCUCCAAGGCGAGCUUCAAGCGCAAACUCUACGAAACCAUUGGCGUGAACUCACGCAAGCCCAGCAAGGCGCCAGACUAUCACGACAUCCACACCGUGGUCAUUGACCUGUCGUGCAUCCCGCAUAUCGACUACUCGGCGUGCAAGCUGUUCAAGGAGAUGGCUAGUGAGCUGGACAAGGUCGGCAUUGCCUUCUUCCUGGCCGCGCCCUCGGACAGAGUCUUUGACACAAUCAUGCACGCCGAUGCGCUGGGCGACGGGCCCUUUCAGACAUUCCCCACCGUCCACGACGCCGUGCUGUUCUCGCAGGGCAAGCUCGACAUGAUGGUGUGAAGCAUCAGUCCAAAGGUGAUACAGAAACGCUAAAGAAAUUUAUUUAUAGACAAUUUGCUAAUUGGCAGAAGAAUGUAUACUUGUAGAAAUCGUUAUUUAUUGUACAAAACACCCAAAAGCGGGACUGACGAGGAGUUCGUGGCGGCAUUUGAGAACUUUUAUGGAAUCAAAUUUUGAGAUACGAAAGCGACCAAGGAUUCACACUUGACAAAAUACAAAUAGCACGUCUACGAUGACAAUAACAUUCGGGAUGUUGAAUUUCGAUUUAGUCUUAUGAUUAGGCAAGAUUCUUUCUAGUAUUAGAACAAUUUGUAGACGAAAUUCAACGCAAACAACUGAAAUUAGGAUUAGGUUUUCCGGAAAAUUCAAUGUGAAUUUUGUUACCAAAAAUUCCUCAGCUUUUCCUGACAUUUUCCUUUUAGAAAUAGACAAACAAGAAAUUCUACUGAAUUGAUCUGCCCCACUUUUGGACAUUUUUAAUGGCAAAUUAUCAAUUUUUUUCUUCUCCAGUACGUUAUUUUCUCUGUGAAAUGGAGUUCGAUAAAGUGUUAAUCCACUUGUUGGCUCUUUUUAUUUUCUAUGCAGUAAAUAAUGCGGUUUACGCAGUUUCUGACAUACUCGAUGAAGAUUUAAUACUCUUUUAAACAACUUGAAAGCGUGCUAUUUGCAAUAUUGCCAGUGUCACAAUCCAGAAAUACUCUUUUCGAACAAACAACACACACACACACAGACGAAUAGUCACACAAAACGCCUAAGCUCUCCCGCCCACGCGCCCUCGUCCGCCCCCCGAAGAGCCCUCUUGGAGGGCGAGUGUAAGAUAGCUUGUGGAAUAAAUGUAUUUUUUGAGCGAA